UUUGUGAAAAGUUGUGAGACCAAGUGGAGGAAGCGGAGAGAGAGGAGUUGGGGCUGUGCCGGAGGCCAAGGACCGAGAGGUCUCCGGUGACCGCUGCGAAGCCCCUGUGGCUGGAAAGAAGCCGAGCGCCUGCGUGAAAGGAGGGACGUGCUCGGAAGUUCGCUCCUACCUGAGCCGGGACCUCGAUCUGCUGGUCCGAAGUCCUUCCCCUGCGUGGUGGCUCUGGUGGCCGCGUCUCCGCCUUAACCAUGAGGAUCCGGAUGGCCGUGAGGUGGACCUGGGCAGGCAAGAGCUGCCUGUUGCUGGCGCUUUUAACAGUGGCCUAUAUCCUGGUGGAACUCUCUGUCUCUACUUUCCAUGCCUCCUCAGCAGCCGGCCUUGCCAGGGAGAGGGGGCCCAAACAGCUCUCAGGCCCCUGGGAAAAGGCAGAGGAGUUGUCUCGACCGCUUUAUGAGAAGCCCCCUGCAGAUUUCCACGCACUUGGGGAGUGGGGGAAAGCCAGCAAACUCCAGCUCAGCCAGGAUGAGCUAAAGCAGCAAGAAGAACUUAUUGAGAGAUAUGCCAUUAAUAUUUAUCUCAGCGACAGGAUUUCCCUGCACCGCCACAUAGAGGAUAAAAGAAUGUAUGAGUGUAAAUCCCAGAAGUUUAAUUAUAGGAGACUUCCCACCACCUCUGUUAUCAUCGCUUUCUAUAAUGAAGCCUGGUCGACCUUGCUCCGCACCAUCCACAGUGUUUUAGAAACUUCUCCUGCAGUCCUCUUGAAGGAAAUCAUCCUAGUGGAUGACUUGAGUGACAGAGUUUAUUUGAAGACACAGCUUGAAACUUACAUCAGCAAUCUCGAUAGAGUCCGCUUGAUUAGAACAAAUAAGCGUGAGGGGCUGGUUCGAGCCCGCCUGAUUGGGGCCACUUUUGCCACCGGGGAUGUCCUCACUUUCCUGGAUUGCCACUGUGAGUGUAAUUCUGGUUGGUUAGAACCACUUUUGGAAAGAAUUGGGAAAGAUGAAACGGCAAUUGUAUGUCCUGUGAUAGACACCAUUGAUUGGAAUACUUUUGAGUUCUAUAUGCAGACCGGGGAGCCCAUGAUUGGUGGAUUUGACUGGCGCUUAACCUUCCAGUGGCAUUCAGUCCCCAAACAUGAAAGGGACAGACGGAAAUCGAGAAUUGACCCAAUCCGAUCUCCCACCAUGGCUGGAGGACUGUUUGCUGUCAGCAAGAAAUAUUUUCAGUACCUUGGAACAUAUGACACUGGAAUGGAAGUGUGGGGGGGUGAGAACCUGGAGCUAUCUUUUAGGGUGUGGCAGUGUGGAGGUAAACUGGAGAUCCACCCGUGUUCCCACGUGGGCCAUGUAUUCCCCAAGCGGGCGCCAUAUGCUCGGCCCAAUUUCCUACAGAAUACUGCUCGGGCAGCGGAAGUGUGGAUGGACCAGUACAAAGAGCAUUUCUACAAUCGAAACCCUCCAGCAAGGAAAGAAGCUUAUGGUGAUAUAUCUGAAAGAAAAUUACUACGAGAACGGCUGAAGUGCAAGAGCUUUGACUGGUAUUUGAAAAAUGUGUUUUCUAAUUUACAUGUUCCAGAGGAUAGGCCAGGCUGGCACGGAGCUAUUCGCAGUAUGGGAAUCUCUUCUGAAUGUUUAGAUUAUAACUCUCCUGACAGUAACCCCACAGGUGCCAACCUUUCACUGUUCGGCUGCCACGGCCAAGGAGGCAAUCAAUUCUUUGAAUACACUUCAAACAAGGAAAUAAGGUUUAACUCUGUGACAGAGUUAUGCGCAGAGGUUCCUGAGCAAAAAAAUUAUGUAGGAAUGCAAAAUUGUCCAAAAGAUGGGUUCCCCAUUCCAGCAAACAUUAUUUGGCAUUUUGAAGAAGAUGGAACCAUUUUUCAUCCCCGCUCGGGACUGUGCCUUAGUGCUUUUCGGACACCUGAGGGUCGCCCUGAUGUUCAAAUGAGAACUUGUGAUGCUCUAGAUAAAAAACAGAUCUGGAAGUUUGAGAAAUAGAAGAGCACAACAGCACUUUCUUCCUGAGCGGACGGACAAUAGCUCCAAGAAAAGUCAAAGAGCCUUUAAAGAGCCUCAGUGAGAUUGUGUUUUAUCAGAAAUCACCCACUGGUCAUUUCAAGAAAGUCAAAGAGCCUUUAAAGAGCCUCAGUGAGGUUGUGUUUUUAUCAGAAAUCACCCACUGGUCAUCUGCGAGAGCUCUGUGAAAGCUGUGUUUCAUUUUGGUAUAGAACGCUGAAAAUGGGUGCACAGAGAGCUGCUGUUUAAUAUUUCAAAGUGCCUUACUUAUGGGUUGUUUUAUUUAAAAGCUUUGUCAAUAUGGUUUUUUUCUCCUCAAAGAAGUUGACUGUGAAUUGAUAUACACAAAACAUUUAAGUGCCAGACUUAAUAUUAAAGACUGUAAAAGUCCAAGCAGAAAGAGCGAUGAUUUAUGUUGAUGGAUAAGUUCACUGCCCAUCU